AAUGCAAUGUCAGUUCACGAUCAUGACACAUGACGUUUUUAUGUGUGUGAGUGACUGAUUUUCUUUCCUUUCUUUUCUCAUUUUGGGAUACGUCAAAAAUGGAGGAUGAACGUCUCUUCGAUGAGAGAGUUUCCAUCAGAGAAUCGGCUAGGCCUUUGAAAAAAUAUGGGAGCACGUGCAACCACAUGAAGAGGAAUGAAGAGUACAUAAAGCAUGUAAUGGCAAAAGGCGAUACAUUACAAGGAAUUGCCCUCAAAUAUGGUGUUACUAUGGAGAAAAUAAGAAGAGCAAACCGAUUGUUUGCCACGGAUAGUUUGUUUUUGAGGGAAUAUCUACUAAUUCCCGUUACGAAGGAUUCUCCGUUUUACGAGAAUGGGGAGCGAGUAACUGAGAUAGCCCCGUCUAAUCACCGCGCGUCGAUUGCUGGAAUGCCAACGAGAGACUUUUCCCCCGGAAGUCCCGAUGAAAAGAAGAGUUUUGACGACUUUCUAAAUAGACUUGAUUCUUCUCUUGCUGAUAUCAAGAAACAUGUCGAAAAGACGAAGGAAAACAGCGAAUUCGCGAAAGAGUUCGAAAACGACUUCGUGCGUCACCGGCCGACGGCGCGCCUUCGGCAGUCCGCUUCGCUCGGGGCGUCCACUUCGUACAACGAAGUGAUCCCUCCACCACUGCCGCCGCCACCCACGGCCGUUCUCACGCAGGGGAGGAGGGUAGAUAGUUCCCUGAAACGCCUGGAGAGGGCGCACGAUGACCUUUUUCAGUUGUAGCGGCCGAGACAGCGCAGAUAUGCGCGCUUCCAUUAAACGUGACGGCCGGCACUGUGUUGACGUCACAGCGCCCGGUGCCGUCCCUAGCCGGCCUCGUAGGCUCCGGGCUUCGAACCCCCGACCCCCUAGUGGCCUAGUCCCUCGGUCUAUCGAACUGAUACGAAGUCGGUGAGUUAUAUAUUCGCGGGACGUGAUAUUAGAUAGUAACGCGUAUAAUAUUGUGUGUUGUUAUAGUUGGUAUUUAUACCCAUAUUCCUAUCGUGCAUUAGUAGAAUUGUAAAUUUGAAUAACUGGCAUAUCCAUUAUUUUCAAUCAAUUUAUGUCUAUUAACCCAGAUUAUGUUAAUAUAUAUUCAAGGUUUGAAAGACUGCGAAAGGCGGUUUGAUAGCCAUUUUCUACCAGUCUGAUUAAAUGCAAGAAUAGUGCGGAAUGUAAUUCGGAAUAUUAUCUAAGUAUUGAAUUGUUUGACAUUCCUUUAUGACGGAAACAUGUAAUAAGACUUCGUCCGUCGAGAUAUGUGCGAUGCAAAUCAGUAAAAAAAAUUUUUUUUGAGUUUGAUCAAAAUUACAGGCAUCUGUGUGAAUUUUGAUCGCAGAUACCAGUGUACGUGUAUUUUGAUAGAUAGUGUAUCGCGUCGCACAAAAAAAUAUAUUUUCCAAACUACAUCACCUUAAUAUUUGUGGAUUUAUGUCAUGAUGAUGUCGUAUUAAACAGAUUAGCAUACAUUUUUAUUCUUAUCUAUCUUUAUAUAACUUGCACUGAGAUUGGGGAUUUGCAUAACAAAAUUCAAUGUAUGUUUAUUAUGUAUGUACCUACCUUUUUUAUAUCUUAUCUGUCGUGUAUUUUGUCUGUCCAUUUGUACAUACUAUGUGUAUUAUUGUGUAUAUCGAUGUUAUUAUUGUAUACACUUAUUUAUGAACUAUAAAUAAUAAUAAUAAAGAAAAUAUGUUGGCAGCUCCCAUUUUACACAAGGUUUACAUAAAAUCAAAUAUCUAAUUUGUCCACUUGCGAUUUCUUGAACCUUUUGAACGCGAUGUUUUUGUCCAUAAAAAUAAUAACGAGAAAUCAAAUUGUGAAAGUAACAUUAUAAUUUUUUUUAAACAAUCAUUAAUUAAAAUAAAAAAAUACAAUAAUUAUUUUAGUGGACUCUUUUUUUUAUAUACUAUUUUAUUUAUUUUAUCGAAAUACAAAAAAGUCUUUAUUUUUGUUAUAUUAGUUUUCAUCAUCAUCAUCGUACUUUAGCGAUAUAACAACAAUAGCCAUGUAUUGUAUCGAAUAACAUUGUAGUGCUGUUUUCGUAAUUUAAUGGCAGAAAAUAAAUACUUAUAAAAAGGAUUUUGUAAAA